GAACUUUUACACGAUGUCGGCCGGACUGGAAGUUUUGUUUUCGAAGGUUCAACGAGAUAUUCAAGCAUCAGAAGACUGUGUCGUUUGUGCCAUUCACUGGGUUCUGAUAACGAAUGGCUUUAAGUGCCUUGUCAAAGGCGAACAGCCUACAAGCGAAAGGGAAAGGAAAUCAGAGUUGCUUCCUCAUGGAUGGAAUGAAAGCCGAGACUUGUAUGUUCUGAAGUACAGUCAAGGGGGAGAUGACUCUUUCAUAUUGAAAAUAGUGCGUGCCGAUGGAACUUUAGUUGUAAAUUUUAUGAGAGCAAGUGAUGAAAAAAUUGCAUCCGUGAUUGUGAACACAUCAGACUUUGCCACCGAUGACUGGAGCUCUUUUGACAGUGCGUUCAAAGAUAUUGGUCAUUUGGAGAGUGUCAUAAAACAACAUCUACUUCAUGAGUUCAGGAAGGGAGAUAACCCCGGCCCCUCACACAGCCAGCCCACAAGCAGGCCUUCGCAUUCAGAACGCACUGAUCCAGAUAACGACCCGCUGCGUGUGCCUCCCAGACAUGGCCGACGAGAACCAGCACCUGAUUGGACUGACCCAGGGGACCCUUUCUCUGUAGGACGUGGGGACCUGGACCCCUUGCGGGGUGGAGGGGGUAUGAUGAUGGACCCAUUCAGAGGUCGAGGCAGGAUGCCAGGCUUUGACCCCAGUUUUGGCAUUCCAGGGAGAUUACCCAGAGGAGCAGUUCCCCCUGGAGCCAGAUUUGAUCCAUUUGGACCCCCUGGUGGCCCACCUGGUCCAAGAGCAGGCCCUGACCCAGAUCACGCCCGACCCCCAGGCUGGGACGAUAUGUACAUGUGAGAGAAAUUGCUGCAGGAGUGGGGAUGACUCCAGUGAACUCUACAUAAACAGAAUCUGCAACAGU